CUAGCUCCUAAGAAAAAAAAGAAACAGCUACAUACAUUUCGAUCCUUAAUGGCCGCGAAUUCGAUAUUCAGAGAAUACAUUGGAGGGAAGCCAUACCCAGAUGAUUUAAAAGAUUUCCCUGAUAUAAUCAAUCGCAAAUUGGAUGAAUUCCACUUCAUUCUGGCCUCUGCCGUAGAGGAGUACGACAACAAUGGAAAAGGCACGGGAAUAUUCAGGCAGAAUUGGAACGAAAAUUACUUUGGUGCUGAGCAUAUCAAGGAACUGAAGAGAAAGUAUAGGUACGAAAAUGUGAAGGUGAAGGUGAUGAUAAGCAUUGGAGGUCGUGGAAAUGCAUUUGAUCCUGCUGAGAAAGAAGUAUGGCCCGACAGGGCCAGAGAUUCACUAGAAAAGAUCAUCCAACACUACCAAAGGCUUGAUGCUAUAAUUGAUGGCAUUGAUAUAAACUAUGAGGUGGUCAAGACCAAGGAGACUGACUUUGCCCACUGCAUAGGUUCAGUUAUUGAUGCGUUGAAGAAUAAGGAUAAAGUGAUAAACGAAGUGUCCAUUGCUCCAUCAAAAAAUACUCAGUCCCAUUACCUUAAAUUGUAUCGAGCUCACCAAAAAGAUGUUCGCUUGGUUGACUACCAGUUCUACGAUCAGUCUGUGCCCUCAGCAGCUGACUUUGUAGCUCUCUUUCGUCAACUAUCAGAUGAGUACCAAGAAAAUAUACUCUUGGCAGGAUUCAGCACUGAUCUAGAUCUCGACUCAGGUAAGCUUUCCCGAGAGGUCUUCAUUGAGGCUGCCACUGACCUCAUCAAUACCGGUUCACUCCGUGGCAUUUUUGUUUGGGACGCUAAUGACUCUGCAGCUGCUGAUGACCCUUUCUUCUUUGAGGUCAAGGCUCAAAAACUCCUCACGGGCUCCGGUUUCAAAUAG